AUGCCGGGAGCCCGCGCCGCGCUCGACGGGCCGCCCCACCGGCACUCCGCCAACGCCCGCCGCUGGCUGGAGCAGUACUACGUGGGGGAGAUGGAGCCCGGCGACGAGCAGAGCCACCCCGAGCCGGUGGAUGAGAAGGUGGUGGAAGCUGCAUCCCAGAGCCCAGCGCGGAUGGAUCCCCGCUGCAAAAUGGUGGAUGUGGAGACAGACCUGGUGGACUGGCAGAAGCCCUUGCUGUGGCAGGUGGGCUACUUGGGGGAGAAGUACGACGAGUGGGUGCACCAGCCUGUGGAUCGGCCCAUCCGCCUCUUCCACUCAGAUCUCCUUGAGUCCCUCUCCAAGACGGCAUGGUAUGUGGUAUUCAUGGUGUGGGCUCCCGUGGUGCUCUAUCUCAGCUGGGUCAGCUACACCUCCCUCGCCCAGGGCAACACCAGGCUCUUCUCCUCCUUCACCACAGAGUACUCCAUCCCCGUCCACAAAUACUACUUCCCCUUCAUCUUCCUCCUGGGGAUGUUCCUGUGGUCCCUGCUAGAGUACCUCAUCCAUCGCUUUGUCUUCCACAUGAAGCCACCUGCUAGUAACUACUAUCUCAUCACCCUGCAUUUCUUGCUGCAUGGGCAGCAUCACAAGCUUGGGCCCUUACCUAAUACCGGUGAGGGCUGCAAGACGGGCUUGGAGGAGCUGGAGUUAAAUCUGCAAGCUCUGAUUGGGAAAGGGGGAAGACCAAAAAAGCCAUGGGCUCCCUCUAGCUUUGCUGGAGGAAAUGUCUCCAUGGAGCCUGGGGACCUGCCAACCAAAGCCACUGCCUGGCUGUCCACCUCGUCUCCCUUUGACAGCUCCCGCCUGGUCUUUCCUCCCGUGCCAGCCUCGCUGGUGAUUGGCUUCUUCUACGGCGUCCUGCAGCUCCUGCUGCCUGAGGUGCUGGGGCUCUCGGUGUUCGUUGGGGGGCUCUGCGGCUACGUCAUCUAUGACAUGAUGCACUAUUACCUCCACUAUGGCUCGCCGAAAAAAGGCACCUACCUGUACGGACUGAAGGCUUAUCACGUCAAGCACCACUUUGAACACCAAAAAUCAGGCUUCGGCAUCAGCACCCGUUUCUGGGAUUACCCCUUCCGGACGCUCAUCCCUGAGGAGACCUUCGAGAAAGAGGACUGA